GAUGAAGGGACCGUCGUUACUCACUGCCACACGUUCCUCCGUUUGACACAGCCAACAGCUCGUCCCUCCUGCUUUGUCCUGGAGCCUCUGUUGUGGCUCUUUCUAUCGGCGGUGUUUGCUUGUUUUUAUCCUCCCCGCCCUCCGGGACGGCUGAAUGGAAGCAGCAGCCGAGGGAGCGGUCGGGCUGUCGCAGGCCAGGGAAGGCAGCCCGCUGUCCGUGGCCGCAGCAUCCGAUGAUGCGGACACUGUUGUGGGGAUUAGCUACGGGAUGGACCCGGCAGACAUGGACGCAGCUGCAAAGAAAGGCUUCCUCUCAGAGAUGCCUUCGUCCUCGGGUCAGGUGGGUCAGGGUAAGAAGAUUGGCCACAGAGGAGUGGACGCAUCAGGAGAAACUACUUAUAAGAAGACAACAUCAUCAGCCUUGAAAGGUGCCAUCCAGCUGGGAAUCGGCUACACAGUGGGCAACCUGAGCUCCAAGCCAGAGAGAGAUGUGUUGAUGCAGGAUUUCUACGUGGUGGAAAGCAUUUUCUUUCCCAGUGAAGGGAGUAACCUCACCCCAGCCCAUCAUUUCCCCGACUUCCGCUUUAAAACAUAUGCUCCUGUGGCCUUCCGCUACUUCAGAGAACUGUUUGGAAUCAGGCCAGAUGACUAUCUGUACUCUCUUUGUAACGAGCCGCUGAUCGAGCUAUCCAAUCCUGGAGCGAGCGGGUCCGUUUUCUAUCUUACAAAAGACGACGAGUUCAUCAUCAAGACUGUGAUGCACAAGGAGGCUGAAUUCUUACAGAAACUGCUGCCUGGAUACUAUAUGAACUUGAAUCAGAACCCUCGCACAUUGCUGCCCAAGUUCUUUGGCCUCUACUGUGUCCAGUCAGGCGGGAAGAACAUCCGUGUGGUGGUGAUGAACAACGUCCUGCCUCGUGUGGUCCGUAUGCACCUCAAAUAUGACCUGAAGGGUUCCACCUACAAGAGGCGCGCAUCCAAGAAGGAGAGGGAGAAGGCCAGGCCCACUUUCAAAGAUCUGGACUUCAUGCAGGACAUUCCAGAUGGACUGAUGCUGGAUCAGGACACCUGCAACGCUCUCGUGAAGACUCUGCAGAGAGACUGUCUGGUGCUAGAAAGCUUUAAAAUUAUGGACUACAGCCUGCUGCUCGGUGUGCACAACAUGGAACAAGCAGAGAGAGAGAGGCAGAUAGAGGGCUCCCAGAGCGACAGCGAUGAGAAGAGGCCCGUCGCUCAACAGAAGGCCCUGUACUCCACUGCCAUGGAGUCCAUUCAGGGGGGAGCCGCUUGCGGAGGGUCCAUCGACACUGACGACACAAUGGGUGGUAUUCCAGCUGUUAAUGGAAAAGGGGAACGGCUUCUCCUUUACAUCGGAAUCAUAGACAUAUUGCAAUCCUACAGGCUAAUCAAGAAGCUGGAGCACACAUGGAAGGCUCUGGUCCAUGAUGGGGAUACCGUAUCAGUCCACCGCCCAGGCUUCUAUGCUGACAGGUUCUUCAAGUUUAUGAGCAGCACGGUUUUCAAGAAGAGCUCCUCUCUGAAGUCCUCUCCAUCCAAGAAGGGUCGCGUGUCAUUGACGGUGCCUAAAUGUGCUGGUCCUGGUGCUGCCUGGUCUGUUAGCCAGCUGCCCUGUGAGAGAGACGAGAACAUCUAUGACCUAAGAGGAGCCCACAGCUUCCCAACGCUGGAAGAUGAGGGGCGACCUGAUCUUCUUCCAUGUACUCCUCCAUCAUUUGAGGAGGCCACAACAGCAUCUAUUGCCACCACUCUCUCUUCCACAACCUCUUUGUCCAUUCCCGAAAGAUCGCCUUCCGACACGGCCGAGCACCCGCGCUACAGGAGACACACCCAGUCACUCAGCCACGACGGAAGGACACAAGAGGAGUUGCGUGUGCGUGAGGAGGAUCAGCAGACCAUCACUGUGGAGGUGGAGUUGAAGAGACCCGACAGUGAACCCACCAUCUCUGUUCCACAGCCCUCACCUGUAACAAGUGACGUCCAGGAAGACACUAGCACAAAGGAGGCAGCACCAUCUGACUCUUUGUCCGCUCACGAGGCCACAUCGUCCUCCUCGUCUGCUCCAGCUGCUCCCCCCUCAUCCGAGCCGGUCAAGGAAGCUCCCUUCAGUCCCAGUGUGGUGGUGAUGGAGGAAGACGGGGCCAGCCAAGUGUCUGGCUCAGGCUGCACCAGCCAGGCUUCAGUGGACGAUGACGAUGAUGUCCCAGUCGCAGAUAUUUACUUUCCUCCAGAGGACAGGACUUGGGUGUACUCCCCUCUACACUAUGGCUCAGAGUCUAAGGCCCCGCCCGAUGGGGAUUGGGAGAGAGAGACAUAAAGCUUGUUUUCUAACGGAGAACAGGGACGUCUCAGCAGAGGAGAUCCAUCAGUCUGACGUGCAGACCUCAGUGGCAGCAGCUCGAUGUCUGCCUGAACCACGAUUCAGACAAACCAGGAGGAAGAAGUGACCUGAAUGGAAAAGAUGUGUGGUUCCAACCAUCUCUGCCUAUUAUCCACCACAAAUGAAAUUUAUUAUGAGUUUAAGAAGUACUUAUGUGUAUGCGA